GGUUAUUUGUUGAAGAUGAAGGUGGAGCCGAAGUGCAGGCAGCCUCUCGGGGCCGAGGUGAGACGCGGCAGCACACUUGUCAUCAUGGCGGACAGGGAGGAGAAGGUCGCACAGUUCUCUGCCGUGGCGGGCGUGGACACGGAGAGGGCCACGUUUUUCCUCGAGUCAGCGGCCUGGAAUCUUGAGUCAGCCCUGAGCAGUUUUUAUGAGCAAGGUGAUGAAGAAGAGGCAGCAGGAGGAAGAGGAGGAGGAAGCAUAGAGGACUUAGGGGAAAGGCCACAAGUGGAGGGUGCUCCAGGACCUCCUCAGAGACCCCCUUCAGACUCUGCCAUCCAGAGAGCCCUGGUGAACAUCAUGGACCAGGACAGUGACAGCAGUGGCAAUGAAGAGGAGGAUGGGCAGGCUUUCUAUGCAGGAGGUUCUGAACACUCAGGUCAACAGGUGCUUGGCCCACCCAGGAAGAAGUCAGACAUGGUUACCAAGCUGUUCAAGUCAGCCAAAGAGCAUGGAGCAGAAGUGUUGGAGAGUGAACGUUCCGGUAAGAAGCCCAAGAAGCUGACUUUUGGUGGCACUGGCUAUCGUCUUGGGCUCACUCCAGAUGACACAGAAGUGAUCCCAGACAAUUCAAAGAAAGAAGAACGACCAAGAGAUGUGUCGCUGAAGAUGUGGCGUACAGGCUUCACGGUGGAUGAUGGGCCACUCAGGGCUUACGAAGACCCCACCAACGCCGAGUUUCUUAAUUCCAUCCGCCGCAGUGAAGUUCCACUGGAGCUGAUCCGCGAGGCACGGGGAGGUGAGGUGUACAUCAACAUGGCGGACCACCGCCACGAAGACUAUGCACCUCCCAAAGUGUCCUUAAGGGCUUUUUCAGGAGCUGGCCAUACCCUUGGCAGUUUGGCCCCAACGGUGGUGGGGCAGCAGAGAGACCUUGGUGCCAGCGGAGGUACCAGCGGGGGUGCCAGCGGGGGUGCCAGUGGGGGUGCCAGCAGGGGUGCCAGCGGAGGUGCCAGUAGCCAAGCUGCUCAGCCCCAAGAUAGCCGUUCACUGCAGCAGACUGCUCAGGAAGCUCUCAAAGUGGACGAAACCCUGCCAGUCACAUCCAUCCAGCUUCGGAUGCCUGAUGGUUCUCGCCUGGUAGCAAGGAUGAAUCACACACACACCGUUGGAGACAUCAGACAUUUUGUACAAACUGUGCAGCCAACCUACCACACCACCGACUAUGGCCUGAUGACCACCUUCCCUUUUGCUGAGCUCACCAAUCUGUCUCAGACUGUAUCAGAAGCAAAGCUUUUAAAUUCGGCCAUUGUUAUCAAGACAAAGUAAUGUUAAGUCACGUUACACGUCCUCAUCAACAAGAAACUUGGGCUUGUUGACUCUGUGUGAUAUGUGUUUGUGGAAGCACACAUGCAUAUUUAUUAAUAUGAGUUUUGGUUCUCUAUGUUAUAAUUCUUAGUAUACUUGGAUAAUAAACUUAUUUUGGAAUUUUA